AUCAUUUCCGAACUGAAUAUUUUUGAGGGCUGUCAGAUCAGUCAUCACGGGUGAUGUGUUUGCAGCAAGGGAAAUUUAAUAAAAAUCGUUAAUAAUGGCAGAUCAGCUACUAAUUCACGAUGAUAUUAAACUAUAUACAACGUCUGAUAAGUUCUACCUGGAGCCCACCAUAAACCCUACAGAGAUACUGGUCAUCGACAGGGUGUCUGGGGAAGCAUCUGUCAAAGCUUACGGCACUGUGAAGAUCCCGAUCCCAGAGAAUGCGUACAAACCUGUCUGCGGCUUCCUUGGAUCCAUCAAGCUCAUAUCCGGAUUAUAUCUGGUCGUUGCCAAAUAUAGGAUACUGAUCGGUAAACUAAACGGACAUGAUAUCUACCAGUUGGCCGGCACGGAUGUCAUUCCCUACGCCAGGUCAACCACCCAUCUUACCAACAAACAGAUAGAAGACAACACCACAUAUGAGCGCAUGGUCCGCGCGGCGCUCGACGCGCCGGGGAUGUAUUUCUCGUACGGAUAUGACAUCACACACACACUGCAGCGGCUACACUCUGUCGCCGCGGAUUUCCACUCGAUGUCAAUGGCGUCCCGCGCUGACAGUCGGUUCCUCUGGAACGGGCACUUGCUGCGCGACUACUCGCAUUCGCAGUUCGCCAGGUUCGCGUUGCCCGUCAUACAGGGCUUCGUGACAAUAAACAAGGUGACGGUGAACGGGCACCGGCUCACUUGGUCCGUGGUCUCGAGACGCAGCGUGGCCCGCGCCGGCACCAGGCUCUUCAUGCGAGGGGUCGAUGCAGAGGGCAACGUAGCGAACUACGUCGAAACCGAGCAAAUAAUAGAGCGAGACGGCGAGAAGUCCUCCUUCGUGCAAACCCGUGGCUCCAUCCCGCUCUUCUGGUCACAGUACCCUAACAUCAAGUACAAGCCAGCGUGUACCCUGGCCCAUGAGGACCAUGUAGCGGCUUACACUAAGCAUAUGAAGGAGCAGCAACAAUUGUAUGGGAGCCAAGUUCUCAUUAAUUUGAUCGACCACUGCGGUAAAGAGGAGGCGCUCGAGCGAGGUUUCCGCUCCGCCGUCGCCGCGGCCGCGUUGCCUGGCGUUCGCUACGAGCCCUUCGACUUCCACACGGAGUGCCGCGGCAUGCGCUACGACCGGCUGAACGUACUCAUAGACCGGAUAGCGCACGAACAGACUGAGUUCGGGUACUUCAUGUCGCGCGGCGGCAGCGUCCUCUUGCGGCAGAGCGGCGUGUUCCGGACCAACUGCGUCGACUGUCUCGACCGUACUAACGUUGUGCAGAGUCUACUGGCCAAGCGGCAGUUGGCGGGGGCGCUGAAACUGCUCGCCGUGACCCCGCCGGACCACUACCCGGAGCUCGAUGUGCUUUUUAACAACGUGUGGGCAGACCACGCGGACAUGAUAUCCACGCAGUACUCCGGCACCGGAGCCCUAAAGACCGACUUCACUCGCACCGGCAAACGCACCAGAUUAGGCCUCCUAAGAGACGGUGUCAAUUCCCUUACGAGAUACUUCAAGAAUAACUUCACUGAUGGGUUCCGACAGGAUUCCAUUGAUUUGCUGCUUGGCAAGUACGUGGUGCGCGACGGAGAAGGCAACACAGCGCUCUGUCCUCUUCGAAGAGACAGAGACUGGAAGUACAUCACCUUCCCGUCGGUGCUGCUGGUGGCCAUGUCCAUGUUCAUGGCGAGCGUGGCGCUGCCCUCCAAAUAUACCAGCGAGGUGCUGUUCAGCCUCAUGUUCUGGGGCGCGUGUAUGGGCGCCACCCUCGCCUAUAUAGUCAAGAACGGCAAGGACUUCGUGGACUGGCCGCGCCUCGACUGCGGCGGUCUGGCGGCGCUCCGCUCGCGGCCGCAGUUAUGAUCUACGAGCCGCCGUUCUCCGUCCUCAUAGUGUAGCCACACCGCCACCUUGCAGCUGGUUUGACCCCGAGACUCCCGGCACAGAGGGUUAUUCGCGGACGGUCUAGAACGCAAAAUGACUAGUGUAACAUUUUGCCUAUAUCGCUCUUAGUCUACAUCGCGAACGGUCCAGAACGCAAAAUGCGUACAUAUUUUUUUUUCUUUACGUUAGCGAUGUCGACGGGCUCCUAUUCUGUGCGGUUUCGGCCAUUUGAAGAUAACUAACGAACCUAACCUACCCUAGUGAUAUAAAAAAGUGGUCUUUGCGCGUUCUAGACUGUUCGCGAUGUAGACUAAAAGCGAUAUAGGCAAAAUCUUAUACUAGUAAUUUUGCGUUCUAGACCGUCCGCGACUAUAACGGCACAGACAAGACAUCCUCCAGACUGAGCAUAGUAGCGCUACUCUGCCACAAAUAUACGGUAGUUUUACUCCAUUUUUGAGUCGAAGUGUCUUUAUGUGACGCCCGUGUCUUUGAACGGACCAAUCACCGCACGGGACUCGCUCACCUCGUCCCCCGCACCCCAGUAUCUUUGGCAGCAUCGGUUUCAUGAAAUAAUUGCUCUAAACUCCGUCUAGAGGAUUCCUAGUCUUUGUUUCUCUAAGCGCCCAGACAUAAAAACUUGCCUAGACAAGUACAAUUUUGAUUUGUCUAAGUAAAUAUUCGAAUUAGAAUGGAGUAGGAGACCUUUUUAUAGGUUUCUGGGCAGCUAGAGGUUAAACCCACAAGUAUAUACCUACUAGGGAAUGUAAAUCGGUUUUUAAUUGUAUGAAAAUUCGGUUAAUAACCGGUUGUAACCGGUUAUUAACCGAAUUUUAAACAAAUAUAAACCGGUUUACAUUCCCUUACACCCACGGGUCCAGAACACGAUUUCGGGCAUAAAAGUAGCAAACGCGACGGUCCCGAAACGCACGAACAAAUGUAUUGCGGUCGGCCGCAGCGUCGAGCCUUCUGUGGCCCUCGAGUAAUUCUUACAUAAGUUGGUUUCAUACAAAAUGUAUGUGCUAGGAUUCUAGGUUUCAACCGGUAUCUAAAAUUUGUUACAGUAUACUUGCAAACCGGUAACUUCUUACCGAAUCAUUUUGGUUUAUUCGACAAACUUUGCAUUUGUUCUCAGUAAACCGGUUUUGAUCCAAACCGGAUUCAAAAGGUUUUACGUGAAAGGCAAGAUACGUGUUGAAAAUUUUGUCAGUGUGGUAUCCAAGGUAUGAGAUUUAUAUUAAUUAUACCAUAAAGCGGUUAGAGUUAGACCAAGAAAAGUCUGCAGCGAUUUUUAUAGCCCACGCAGUUUUCUUAUUUUCUUGGUCUAAAAUUAACUUAUUCUAGAUACCAAUGUAAGCUGAAAUGUUAAAAUUAAAUUCAUCUUGCACAUUCAUUACUUCAGAAUACUCUAUUUUUGCCACAUUUCCGAAAAUAUUACUUUUAUUAUUUCACAUUCGUUAUGCAAAGUAAGGUCAAAUGUGCCUGUGGUAUUAUAAGUGCCACAACCUACCCCACCGACACUACACUUAUUCUUUGCGUUUGGCCUUUAUCGAUGUUUGAUUGUCAUCUUGGCUACAUAGAUAUGUAAACUAUAAAUGAAGGGAUGUUUACAAAAACAACAUAACUGCUUAGAGCGGUUGACACUUUUUUAAGAACAUUGUUAAUCGUUUCAGGUGUCAACCAGUGUAGUCAGUUCUGUUGCUUUUGUAAACAUCCCUUCAAAUAUGAUCAAGAAUUCGUUGUAGCGUUGAAAACGGACUGUUCUACAGUUAAAAGCAGAAGUAACUAAAUGAGCAAGAUAUUCGAUUACUAUAUAUUAUAAUUUUCCUUUCCUUUUUGACUUCGGUGGCGAUGCGGCCCUUUCGGCUGCGACACCAACCUUUUCAUUUACUAAGCAUUCGCUAGUCACUUAUGUUGGCCAAACUGUAUCAUGCUUUAAAAAAGGUAUUCGAAUGAUGUUGAAAACCCAGAGAUUAAUGGUUCAAACUAUCAGGAACACGUCUGUGGUUUAUUUUUCUUUCCAUUUGGCGUAAUUUCCAAUGCAUUCCGUGCGCUGUCCCGUAGAAACGCGUAUUUCGUGUAUUAAAGCUUUUUCGUCGUUUUAAAGCCGACAAUUAUUUUUCUGAGCAUAUUUUUGGGCAAUUGUCACUAAAAAAGAAAUUCCUGUGUCUAAAAAUUCUCGUUUAUACGGAGCAGCGGUCAUUUCAUGGAAUGCUCCUUCCACGCAGGGGCGUAUUUACCCUAGGCCCCUGCUACCCUAGUCUUCCGCCCCUGGCGGAUUGCAUUUGGGUUUUCUUCCUUAACUUUUGGGGCGGCGAAACUAAUUGGGCCGGGCGCCAAAUUUCAAAAUGCGCCCCUGCUUCCGCGCCAUCUUCGUAAAGUUUUGCGCGUUUAUCGAUAUAUCUAUCAUCAUCUCCUAGCCGUUUUCGGCUACAGCGACUGCUAUGCUACAGCUGAGAGCGUCGCUGGUGCGCUCUCAGGUGACUGACGUAGCCGAUUUUUGUAGCAAAUGUGCGGCCACAUUCGCUGCAGGUCAGCACCCCUCCGACGUAAUUAUAUCUAAAUCUAUAUCGUACUGUUGACGAAGUCUGUUUGUAGCUGCUUAUCUCUUCAAUCCGGAGAGAAGCACCACCAUGCCCGCUGCAAAGCACCUGAUACUCCUCGCCGUGAGACACGAAAUACUCUUUCCUUUCUUUCGUUCUUUUCUAUUAUCGGGUUUAUGAAUUUUAUGAUGUACCUACCCUUGCCGACUUGACGGACAUUGCGGGAUUUGCGGGAGCUAAGCACCACCAUACCUGCUGCAGAACACCUGAUAGUCCUCGCCGCGAGACACGAAAUAUUGUUUCCUUUGAUCUGUUUAUGAUUUAUGAAUUUUAUGAUGUACCCUUGAUGACUUGACGCACAUUGCGGGUUGUGCGGGUCUGGGUACGCACCAUCAUACCUGCUGCAGAACACCUGAUAGUCCUCGCCGUGCUACACGAAAUAUUCUUUCCUUUGAUCUAGUUUAUGAUUUAUGAAUUUUAUGAUGUACCAUUCAUGACUUGACGGACAUUGCGGGAUUUGCGGGUCUGGCUAAACACCAUCAUACCUGCUGCAAAACAACUGAUACUCCUCGCCGUGAGACACGAAAUAUUCUUUUAUUUCAUGUAGUUUAUGAUGUACCCUCGGCGACUUGAUGGACAUUGCGGGAUUUGCGGGAGCUAAGCACCACCAUACCUGCUGCAGAACACCUGAUAGUCCUCGUCGUGCUACACGAAAUAUUCUUUCCUUUCAUCUAGUUUAUCAGUUUUAUGAUGUACCUUUGAUGACUUGACGGACAUUGCGGUAUUUGUGGGUCUGGCUAAGCACCAUCAUGCCCGCUGCAGAACACCUGAUAGUCCUCGCCGUGAGACACAAAAUACUCUUUCUUUUCUUUCGUUCUUUUCUAUUAUUGAGUUUAUGAAUUUUAUGAAUGUACCCUUGAUGACUUGACGGACAUUACAGGAUUUGCGGGUCUAGUUCUAAGGCUAUUAAUUUCUUAGUUUUUUUUUUCACUUAUUUUAAUACUUUUUUAUAUUGUAGUAGCCAAUCGUGUUUCGGUUUUUGAAUACAUAGUGCUUAAUAACCGCAUUAUUGUUCUAUUCACAUUGACAAAUUUAUUGGUCUUAGCUGCCAGUUUUUCUGUCCAUGUAGCCGUGUAUUCGCCUAUGUUUGGUCUGUCUAUAUUCAGUUGACAAUUGGUCUUAGCUGCCAGUUUUUCUGUCCAUGUAGCCGUGUAUUCGCCUAUGUUUGGUCUGUCUGUAUUCAGUUGACAAUUGGUCUUAGCUGCCAGUUUUUCUGUCCAUGUAGCCGUGUAUUCGCCUAUGUUUGGUCUGUCUAUAUUCAGUUGACAAUUGGUCUUUGCUGCCAGUUUUUCUGUCCAUGUAGCCGUGUGUAUUCGCCUAUGUUUGGUCUGUCUAUAUUCAGUUGACCAUUGGUCUUAGCUGCCAGUUUUUCUGUCCAUGUAGCCGUGUAUAAGAGUUCAAAAUGAUGUACUUUUACGCACUGUCUUUUGUUUUGUUACCAACAGCAAAGAUUUAUCGCUUUGCGCACCUGAAUAUAUGUACUAUGUGUUCUUAGUGAGAUAUAUCCAAGGGAGCAUCUGUAUAUAAAUAUGCAUGUGUGUUCAGUGACUGUUUCUUGUAUGAUUGUUUCUGUGUUAUCUCCGAAAUAUAUAAAUCUAAAUCUAUUCGCCUAUGUUUGGUCUGUCUAUAUUCAGUUGGACGGUAGUCGUAUUCAUUGUUAUAGUUUGUAGAUAUUGGCCGUUUCUUUAAACAUGAAUUGCGUUCAGAUCAUUCUGAAUGUCGUCCGCUUAGUUACUUCUGCUGCUGGCUGUGGUCACUAAAGUAAAACCAGUUCUCAUAUUAUGGCAAUAUCCUGCAGCUGUUUGAAGUUGCAGGUUUGGAUCGAGAGUUGUAGUAGGUGGCGAUCACAAUAGAUCAGGAAUGGUCGCAGUGAUACAUAGGCUUUGGGGCCUUUAUAGCCCCUAAAAAGAAGAAGAAGAAGAAUGGCAAUAUUAUCCUCAUCUGAUAAGGCCCAUCCCUGUAAGAAAAAAAUCCUGAAAUUUGAACCUAUAACGUAAGUACAGAUGCACUUUCUUUGUUUGAAAGUUGUAUGAAACAUACAAAAUGCAACUGUUAAUUAUUUGAAAUUCAUCAAUUUUAAUAAGCACUAUAAGUAGGUAUUAGGCCCAAGCCUUUCGAGGUUAGUACAGUCACCUGCAAUAAUAUGUUACAAACGAAGACCUCAAAAAUAUCUGACCCUAUCUUAUUAGUAGAGCCAUAAGAGCGUGUCUCAUGUUUUUGCGGCCUUCGAAGAUUAACAUUAUUAUUGCAUAUUUGAAAAUUUCGAUAUUUCCAAACGACCCCAAUGCAUAAGCUGGUAAUUACGAUAAAGUACAGUCAAUGGUAAUAUAGUGUGUAGCUUUCAAAUAGAGCUCGACAGCUAAUCCUAUUGUCUAUUGUUAAUUAAAACCGCUCGUGCCACGUGCCACAACCACCUGCAUAAAAAAUACGUCAGGGCUCGGAACCGGUAUUUUUUGAAAACCCCGAAAUAGACCAAUAUUUAGAAUUAUUUUAUGCUCUUUACGUAAGACUGGAUCAUGUAUUUAGGUUACGAAUUUGUGUUAUCAGAUUGUCCAAUUAAAAAAGAAAUAAUAAACCAAAGAACGAAAAAGAACGUAAUAAUACCGGUAUUUUUGUAUGGAGCAAAUACCGGUUUCCGAGCCCUGAAAUACGUACUUCGGUUACUGAGUGCCGGCGAGUCGGACACAACAGAACCAGUCUAAAAUGUGUCAUCGAGAUGCGUAACGAAGGCGCGUUAUCGGAGAGCGCACCUACACUGGUUUUUUGAGCGUUGGACUAGCCCGCGCUCAGGUGCCAAAUAGAAUAAUGAAGACCCUUUUUGCAGGUAAGUAGGAAGUCCGGUUUUAAUUAACAAUAGACAAUAGGAUUAGCCGUCGAGCUCUAUUUGAAAGCUACAUACUAUACCUAAGUACAAUAUCUUAAAAACAAGAUGAAUGUUCCAUUUACAUAAAAAAAUUGUACCUUUUUUCCUAACGAUGCAUUUAUAGUCUUUCCGUUUGAAUUUGAUUAUUGUUAUUCAAAAUUUGCAUUACUGUAAAAUAUUGUUCUCUUUUAUUUUGUUUGCAUGGAAUUUUGUAUGUUAGAUAAAGAGUUAUGUACUACAUACAAAAUAUUGAUUGAAAAUGUGCACUGCACUAAUAUCCUUGUCUUAGUAUUCCUUACUAGGGGUUAUGCACAAAUCACGCGAUGUGUUUUCGGCUUUUUGACCCGGCUCCCCUUUGGUGAUAUUUGGUGAAGUUUUUGGCUAUGAUCGCGUGAUUUGUGCGCAAGCCCCUACGUGUUUUAUUAUCGAAUACUAUUUUUACCAUAGAGAUUGAACUAUAAUUCCACCUUGAGAAAAAAUAUGUCCAACUAUGUAUACUAUUGCAAAUAUUCAACUUGUACAAAUUCACCAAAUUAUCAUUCACAUUAUUGUACAGCCAGUACAAUAGAGUCGAUUUUAUUGUUAAGAGAAUAAGAGCGCGUCAAGGUAAUUUUGAACACAUCGCCCGCUUAGCAACUUCUGCUGCUGACUGAAUGUAUGUAUUUUCAUAUUCAUUCCUGCCUCUUUCUUAUCGUGUCAUCCCAUUUUAAAGAAACCUUUUUCAAUAUACUUAAAUGCCCAUUCUCCUACGUUUUUAUGAGUAUGGUUCAGAGAAACUGUGUCUAUUUUAGGGUCGGUACAGACGGACUGCAACGUCGGUGUGCAGUUCCCGUACAAAUUGUAGUCAGUCUGUAUCAGCCCUUAGAUUUUAACUGCUAAAAUCUGUUUUUAUGUCUUGUAUGUACCUAAAUCUAUACUAAAAUGACAGUUUGAUUUGCCUACCCAAUGUAUCCAAUCUGGUUUUAUAUGAGUUUUCCAGGAAAUGACAUCUAUUUAUUGGAAAAACUGGGGCAGUUGACUAGUCAUUUUAGCAAGUAUAUACAAAAGGUUGAAACCACGUUUUUGCUAUUUUCGUAUGUUAAUCUAUUAUGCGAUUCCCACCGACCGGCUGGAGUCGGGUCGGGCCGCGCCGGAGCGCAUUUUCAAUGUGCCCCUAUAUGUAAUUAUGUAUGGCAGACGCGAUGGAGUGCGUCCGGAGCCGUCCGCAUCCGCGAGCAGGCGACCGGCUUGCGGCCGUACAAAUGUGAAAUGCGCUCCGACUCCGCCCGUUCGGUGGUAUUUUUCUGAUAUUUGUUAAUUUAGUGAAAACAAACGUAAUGGAGAAUACGAACGGUAGUAAAGUGUUUAAUUUGUUGUAUAUUAGAAUAAUUGUUGGGAUCAGAGAUCUACGUGGUGUAUGGGUGGCUGACGGAAUGGAGACGGCGUUUUGUUGUUGCACUUUUGCGGGUGACAUUGCUGAAAAAAAUACUGUAAAGAGAGAUGGUCUAACUACUCUAACUAAAGAGCUUUCACUCACACACACCACCAAAUAUGUAUAUUUUAUUUUGUUAUUCAUUAGUUUAGGGCCUAAAGUUUAGGCGAAUAGGGACCGUGCGCGUUGGAGGGUCUGCCAUCUUGUGGCCUGAAUCGGAAACAUAAACUGUACAUUAACACUUCGCGCCAAAGCAAGUUGCCCUCUACAGUUCACGUACGUUUUUUUGUGCAUUGUAGGUUCUGCCAUCUCGUGGGUUACAUUGGAAGCCUAAAUUUGACUCCUGUGCUGCCCCCUACAGUUCAUGCAUCUUCAUAUUUCGACUAUCUUUAUAUCAAAAUGAUUGAAAUUACUGUUUCCACAAAGACGGGGCUCGUCUAAUAAUUUUAAAUAAAUAAUGUACCCAGUCUCUACUCGUCAAACCAAAGACACUUUGUUUUUAUUUGGUACCUAUUAUACCUACUAAAUUUCUUCAUACUGAUUUCGAGAAUCGGUAUUUUUUUUAAAUUAGGUAUAAUCUCUUAGAAGUUGUUAGUAGUCGUGCCCACAGCGCCAACAACGCCUAUGUGUGUUAUGCAGGUGUUAUGGCAUACGCAGUUGAAAAUAACCUUAACACUGUCUUCUUCUUCUCCGUCGAAUUACUCUUGACAGAGCAGUCGUGGUCACGUUGAACGACGAACGAUUCUACGCCAGUUCUCCCUGGCAGAUGCUUCUCUGGCACAUGUGUUAAGUGGGGUGUUGGUAAGGGCUUUUAUCUGAUCCGUCCAACGCAUUGGGGAACGUCCUCUUGACCUUAACACUUUAACAUAAAGUUUGUUUUCGCUUGCUUGCGCCUGUGUUUAUGGCGGGCGAGUGAUAUUUUUUGCAUAUGACGUAUAGAGUUUGAAAGGAUUAAAUACCAGUCUUCUGCCUGAUGUUUUCGAGUGAAAAAAUUAAUAAUAAUGUUUCUAGUAGUUUAGCAAUUUAGAUUUUUCACAAAUUACCUUUGUAACUAUUCCUAUGAUAUUCUUUUUUUUGAGCAAUGUUAUACGCAAAAGGUGUUUUGUAAUUAUUAUUAGACUAUUUUUUCACGAACUUUUAUUACUUAUUUAACUUAAAGUAGUUUUGUAAUUUUAAGAUGUCUAAUUUUAUGGAAAGGAUAUAAAUAUGUCAUUAAAGUGUUUGAACCUUA